AUGGGUUCUAAAUUGAGUAAAAAACAGCCUACUGGUGAAAGAUUAAGUGCACAAGAUAUUGCCGAAUUAUGUGAAGAAACACGCUUUACAGAACAAGAACUUCAUAUGUGGCAUGCUAAUUUUCUAAAAGAUUGUCCCAACGGUCGAUUGACACUCAAACAUUUUGAACAUGAAUAUAAGAAAAUUAUAGGCAAACUAACACCGAAAACUCUCGAAUAUGUUCGUCAUAUGUUCAAAGUUUAUGAUCAAGAUAAAAAUCAAUAUAUUGAUUUUCGAGAAUUUGUUAUAGCAUUGUCGGCAGCAUCUAUCGUUAAUCGUCUAAGAUUAAUUGAAACAUUGUUUUCCGUAUUUGAUCUUGAUGAAGAUGGAAAAAUAACAAAAGAGGAGAUUGGAAAAAUGUUGAAUACACUUUUAGAUGUAACAAUGAAAGCAGAUAAACGCCAUCAUUAUCAAGAAUCACAAAAACUAAAAGCCAAUUUACAACAGAGGAUUGACGAUGCAUUCAAUGAAUUAAAUACAAAUGAUGAUGAUCACAUUACAAAAGACGAAUUUAUAGACUGGUAUAUGAGAAGUGGUUUAUUAGACGAACAAAGUCACAAUAUAACAAAUGUUGUUGAUUCUAAAGCAUUUCGUGUAGGUAAAAAACCACGUAGGACAAACAGAAAAUCUUUACAUAACGAUAAUAUUACUACUAACAUGAAUAAAAAUUCGUCGAUGUCACCAAGGAAGACUGUUCAUCUUUCUCAUAUGAUCGAACAUCGUGAGGAAGAUGCCAAUAAAUUUGAACUGGAAACGGUUGACAAAACGGCUAAUAGAACGAAUGGACAUAAUGGAAUCGAUGAUUCAGAUAAUGAUGAUAUUGAAGACGCAUCCUUAUCUGUAGACAACGAUGAUCGAUGGCAAAAUUUACUCCAUACAGUACUAGAUCAAAUACGUUCUCGAAAAGAUCAACAACAACAACAACAACAACAACAACAACAACAACAACAACUGCAACAACCAAAAGAUAGCAACUUUAGUAACUGGAAACGAAUCGUUGCAGAAAACUUGAAACUUGAACAUUCAAAACAAAUAUCAAAUAAAAAAGAGGGAGAGCAUCAUCCCUUCUCUCAUUAUUCAAACGAAAAUAAGUCAAAACAAAAAUCAAUCGACGAUGUCAAUACACAAGAAUCAAAUAACACACCUAAAUGGACGGAAGUAGAUAUUAAACAAACAAAUUUCACUGAACCACCGUCGCCCGAUUUUUACACCGUACGAUUGUAA